UUAUUUGCAAUGUUUGGCGCAAGGCACAUCUAAAUGUUGGGUUGACUUGUAAAUUAGUAGCCGGGUUUUAUUUGUCAGCAUUCUCAAAUAAAGUGAAAACUUGUGUGAGGUAAAAAAUAUGGAAGGAGAAUGUGUUGCGCACAGCCUGGACGGCAAAGAACGAACAGAGGACAUAAAACUUAAAGAAUUAUCACCCUUUAGUAAAAUGCUUUUAUCAGAAUCGAUACGCAAGGGCUUGCAGAAAACGGGAUUUAUAUAUCCUACAGCUAUUCAAGCUAUGUCAAUUCCGAUGGGAAAAUCUGGACAAGAUUUACUUAUACAGUCGAAGUCCGGAACAGGGAAAACGCUUAUAUUUUGCGUGAUAAUUCUGGAAGCUUAUCGAGCGGAUUUGUCAGAACCACAAUCUUUGAUUGUGGCACCAACACGUGAAAUAGCCGUUCAAAUCGAAAUGGUACUGAAUCAAAUUGGCAGUUGCUGUAAUGGGUUCCGAGCUGUCAGUGUCAUCGGUGGUUUAGAUGUAGCUGAGGAUAGAAAGCGGUUGCAAGGUGCUAAAGCAGUUGUGGGCACUCCAGGCCGGUUGCUACAUUUGAUCCAAAAUAAUGUUCUUAAUACCUCAAAGAUGCGUUUGUUGGUGCUGGAUGAAGCUGAUAAAAUGUAUACUCAAUCUUUUAGGCAAGAUCUGCGACGUAUUCAAAAUGCUCUGCCGGCAAAGCGACAGACCGUAGCUUGCAGCGCUACAUUCUGUGAUGGUUUAGACGUCGAGUUGGCCAAGAUAAUGCGCAAUCCCCUAUUGAUUUCCACCGAGGAAAGAGCUACUCUGCUGAUUGGAAUAAAACAAUUUGUCUAUGAACUUCCUGAUCAAAAAACGAGCAUACUUGAAAUGCAAUCAAAGCUAGAAGGUCUUCGAUUUAUAUUUGGACGCAUAGCAUUCAAACAAUGUUUGAUAUUUGCUGGCUCACAGUCACGAGCUAAUUCUUAUUGCAAUUAUUUGGAAAAAGAGGGUUGGCCUUGUGAAUUAAUUUCUGGAGCACAGGACCAGAAAACGCGGCUGGAAAUGUUUCACAAAUUUCGAGAAUUCAAAUCAAGAGUUAUAAUUACGACUGAUCUUAUGUCACGCGGCGUCGACUCGGAGCAUGUGAACUUGGUUAUCAAUCUGGAAUUGCCAACAGAUAUGGUUACUUAUUUGCAUCGUAUUGGACGUGCCGGACGUUUUGGCUCACAUGGCAUUGCUAUUAAUUUCGUUGCUACUGAGAAAGAACGUUGCAUACUUUCCCGUCUUAUUUCCCGAAUUGGCAAUGGUAUGAGUGUAUUAAAAUUCCCCCAGAAGCAAAUAUUUCAGGAGGGCGAAGUGGACUUUUGGGACUUUACAAAUUUAGAAAAAGAUAAAGAACACUUUGGUCAAUUUGGAUGCGAGCCAUUAGCACCAUUAGCUUCGCAGGAUCGUAGUUCAUUUUCCGAUACACAAGAGUAUAUAGAGAAUCAAACUGAUAAUUUUUUGAACUCGAGCUCAUCAAUCGAUACAAAUACCUUUCGCGUAGACUCGAAAGAUAGUGCACUAAAUAUACAGGAAAACUUAUUAGAACGUCCGGAAUAUAAUCAGCAAGCACUCUCUCCUUCACAUAAGUUAACCUUAGAUUCACGACAGGGCUCUUCACAGCAACUGCCGUCUUCAAAUACUAUUGAUGAUGCUAGUAGUAUUGCCGCAGACAGUCUUCGUAGUAGCCAGCAAGAUAUAUCUCGAUACCAAUCUGUGCUAAUGCAAAAAGCCGCAAUUCCUACGUUAUUUGAAUUCCUUGUCGAUCCGAACAGCAGCGAGAGCAAAAUGGACGCUAAGGAAGGUGAAACUAAAAAGAAGCCCCCAUUAGAUUUGUUUGACGACUACAAGAGAACAGUUCUUACCAAUUCAAAUAGUUCCUUGAAAGAGACUGAAGAGAAAAAUAUGGAAAUACCGGUUAUAUCCCACAAAAUAGCUACUUACAAAUCUAUGCUUAUCGACCAGCCAGUUCCAACUAAGUUAGUCGAAAAUAAACAUGAUAUAUACUCCGACUACGCUAAUUUUAAUACCGAGGAAAACUCUAGUAGUUUGAGUCAAGAAACUGGUUCCAACAAAAUUGAUGAAGGAACUUUUAUAUUAUCGGUUGCAACUCCUUCAAAAGUACAGGAUUCUAUUGAAGAAUUCGUCAAUACUACGACAACUAGUGAUUUGAAAAAUUCACGAUCUAUAUCUGACAGCUUAGAAGUUUCUAAAGUAAAGCAUUUUACCUCACCAGCUCAUAAUCAAACGAACAAUGCAAUACCUGACGUUAUCCCCGCUUGUCAACGGCUUAUGGGUAUGCCGUAUAAUUCUCAACAAUAUCAUAAUUUAUCAGUCAAUAUUGGCGCACACAUUGAAAUUCCGCCUCAUCAACCAUCGCCUGCGAAUUCUCCGGCUCUAAACGAUUCCAUUGUACAUUCCCAAGACGAAGAUCAUUCUCCCUCUAUUAGUGGCAGUGAUUCUUUAAAUUCGCGAUCAAAUUCAGAACGUGGAGGUAGUAGUGGCUUUGAUGAGCACAAUACUACUAGCGUUUCUUCUGGAAUUGUGACAUCUGAUACGGAACCAGAACGCUAUGUUGAAAAUGGGUAUUAUUCUUCCCCAGACACUGAAACAGCUUCAAGUUACGAAGUUGAUCCAGAAUUGUUAUUUCCAUAUGCGGAAACAUAUGAGGAAUCUGGAGAAGAAGAGGAAGAUGAAGAGGACGAUAAAGAGGUUAAUGUGGAAGAUGAAGUAGAAAAUGAUGAAGCUGAAGAUGAAAAUGACGAAUUAGAUGAUAGCGACGACAAAGAACGAAAUGACAGCGAACAUGGUAGCGAACAAACACCAAACGCAGUUAGUACGGAAAGUGAAACUGCAACAAACAAAGAUAAUGAGGAAAAUAGAUCACAAGAAAAGAAUAGUGCGAAAGCAAGCAUGAAGCCAACGCAUUCUAGGGGUCGUGGCAAAAAAACGCAUUCACAAAAAGCCAGAAAAGCACAAAACGAUACGCACUCGUCGCAGUGUAAUGCCUAUGGCAGCAACUACGAAGCAGCAUAUGCUUUGUGGAUGGAAAUGUACCGGACACAGUUAAAACAAAUAAAUGAUUAUGUACAAAUGACACUUGAAGCAGGAAAGUCGAAAGAUGAAAAGUAAUUGCUUUAUAUGUAUGCAAGCUUUUCUUUUUCUAGUAGCUACAUAUACAUAAGUACAAUAUGAGAUUAGCUCUUAAAUUUAAUGUUUAUUUUAUUCAAGCAUUUCAUUAAAUGAAUUAAAUUUUUGUUUUCUUGCAAUUGAAAUGAAUUAAAAAAUCGAUACAAUUAGAAA